CGUGACGCCCCGACUUGAGAGCCACAGUGCAGGGGACACCGGCCACAUGCGCCCAAACACCGGCUCCCUGUCCCUGUUGGAAGCGGCAGUGGGGUGCGUGUUUUCCGCCUGCUGUUGGAUGCUGAUGGAAAGCUCCGUGUUUUUCCCUGUCGGAGUGUGCAGGCUGUUCCCCUCCCGCUGAACGAACAGGAGGCUGCAGGAGCGCACCACAGAGUCCGACCAGGGCGUCAUGAAGUUGCCGGUCCUCCUCCUCCUCCUGUCGGUGUCCUACCGGCUGUCCCUCGCCGCUAUUCCCGCUCAGAGUGAAUUUGUGUCUUUGGCUGAAAUGGAGGAUGCUCUGCUGAAGAACCUUUUCCAAGGCUACCAGCGCUGGGUCAGGCCCAUCCAGCGAGCCAAUGACACCGUCAGAGUACGCUUUGGACUCAAGAUCUCCCAGCUGGUUGAUGUGGAUGAAAAGAACCAAUUAAUGACAACAAAUGUCUGGCUGUGUCAGGAGUGGAUUGAUUACAAGCUGCGGUGGAAUCCGGAGAAAUAUGGAGGAAUCACAUCCAUCAGGGUUCCCUCUGAAAACAUCUGGCUCCCAGACAUCGUCCUUUAUGAGAAUGCUGACGGCCGAUUUGAAGGCUCCCUCAUGACCAAAGCCAUUGUCAAGUUCAACGGUGCCAUCACCUGGACUCCUCCUGCCAGUUACAAGUCCGCCUGCACUAUGGAUGUCACCUUCUUCCCCUUCGAUCGUCAGAACUGCACCAUGAAGUUUGGCUCAUGGACUUACGACGGCAACAUGGUGGACCUGGUCCUGAUGGACAACCAGGUGGACCGGAAGGACUUUUUCGAUAACGGGGAGUGGGAGAUCCUCAGCGCCACUGGUGCCAGAGGGAACCGGAAGGACGGCUUGUAUUCGUACCCCUUCAUCACGUACUCGUUCAUUUUGAAGCGGUUGCCUUUGUUCUACACACUCUUCCUCAUCAUUCCUUGUCUGGGUCUGUCCUUCCUGACUGUCCUGGUGUUUUACCUUCCAUCAGAUGAAGGAGAGAAGCUUUCACUCUCUACCUCCGUCCUUGUGUCGCUCACUGUGUUCCUUCUCGUCAUAGAGGAGAUCAUCCCCUCCUCCUCCAAGGUGAUCCCACUCAUUGGAGAAUACCUUCUGUUUAUUAUGAUCUUUGUCACACUGUCCAUCAUUGUCACUGUCUUUGUCAUCAACGUCCACCAUCGCUCCUCAGCCACCUACCACCCUAUGUCUCCCUGGGUUCGAAAUCUGUUCCUUCAGAAACUACCCAGGCUCCUCUGCAUGCGUGGUCACACUGACCGUUACCACUACCCAGAGCUGGCCCCCGAGAGCCCAGAGCUGAAGUCUCGGUCUGGAGGUCGGAGAGCGGGCCAGAGGGCGAACAGCGGAGCCCAUGGGCAAACGACGUCUGACGGGAAGGAAGACGAGGCCUGGGCCACCAUGUUGGAGAAAGCGAUCUACUCAGUCCGCUACAUCAGCAGACAUAUCCGCAAGGAGCACUUCAUCCGUGAGGUGGUACAGGACUGGAAGUUUGUGGCCCAGGUGUUAGACCGGAUCUUCCUUUGGGCUUUUCUCACAGUCUCAGUACUGGGCACCAUCCUCAUCUUCACUCCAGCUCUGCAUAUGUUCCUGAAAAUCCCCCCUCCAACUGCAAGUGAGGACCCCCCCUCAAACUUACAGCAGUGACACCCCACUUUCAGUGAUGAUCCACCUUCAAGAUGAGUCUGCCAGUUAUUUGUAGGCACCAAAGCAGGAGGAAACCAUAAGGAGAAACUGGUGGUUUUGGUUGUUGGUUAGUCCUUUGUUUGGAUUCACUUUGUUAAAAUUUCCUGUAUGUUAGCAAUAUUUUGAAAGUGACACUCCCAAAGAUUGUCAGUUGAGUUAAAACUGGUGAUGAAGCUUAUGACCCACUGACAAAGUCUUUACAUUUACAGUAUAUUUACCAUCAUCUGUGAACAGUGAGAUGAAUAUGAAGCAUUCCAUCACCAUAGUGAUAGGAGUUAUUUCUUUGUUUGUCAAUGUAAGGGAGCGUCAUAAAAGAGAAGAACCUCUCAUGACAGUUCUGCAGGUAUUACAUACAAGUAUAUUCAUUUUGCAGAACUCAUAACUCUGUCUCAUCUGAUUUGACAAGUAAAAUGAGGAGACAGGGCAGCUCUAGUGGCCUAAAUACAAUAAACACUCACUC